AGAAUCAAUGAAGUAACAGUGCUACUUAAAAGGACAAAUGCUCUGUUCAUCUUCCCCUCUCUCUCAUCUCCUUUCUCUCUAACCCCAUUUCUCAGAUCCGUAGGAUCUUCGUGUGUUUUCACGGAGGCUUAAAAACUCUAAAUAGAUAUUCUCUUAACAGAUCGCUGAUCCUCUAGUGUAAAAGAAAUCAUCUUUCUCUAAUCUUCAGGUUCAAUAGCCUUUUUCUACAGCUUUGGAGACGAGCUCAGAUUCAAAGGAGUGAAGUGUUUUGGUUUUGAUUAGAUAAAAAAGUGAUCUUGUUGGGGGUAGUUAAAGAGACAAAGCUUCUUGAUUUAAUCUCAAAAAUGGAAACUCUCAUCUUAGCUGAAGAACAUUAUUACGAGAAGAAACCUCCUUCAAAAACUUUCAGGCAAAUCAACUGCAGAACGUUUCACUCCGGAGUUGGUUUGCUUCCAAGGCCACCACCACCAAAGAGAACAACCUCUUCAUCAACAACCAAAGGAGUUCACUUUCACUCUCCUCGUUCUCCCAAGUCAGUUUUGCCGUCUCUUAGAACCAGUCCCAUCCCUAUUGGUGGCGAAAGGAGAAGCCUUUCUUACUCUGAGCUGUGGGCAGGACCCACUUACUCCAACUCACCGCCACCCACUUCUGUUCCCAUCCCCAAGUUCUCUCUCCGGGGAAAGAGGACGGCCUCUCUGACCUUCCCUGAUGUUGAUCUUCCUGAAGUUGCCAAGUCUGCUCCGGUCUCUCCAACCUCGUCUGGUGAUGAUAACCCUUUUAACAGUACUGUCUCUGCUACUAUGACGCUGCGUCGCAUGCUCAAUAUUGAGUUUGCAGAUGCGUAAAGAUCAGGGAGUCUUUAGGGGGAACAGGGGGUUUAGUUUUGUGGAUAUAUGAAUAAGGUGUUUUAGUCACCAAGCUGGUUUGAGUUUGUUUAAUAGCUUUUAAAUGGAACACAGAAGCAGUUAGUGGUUCUCCUAUGCAGAUUUGAGGUGUUACUAAUGGUGGAGCAGGUGGUUGGUUAUAGAGAAGACUUGAUUCUUGGUUUAGCAUAUAGGAUGGCUGAAAAGUUUACCAGUCUCUAACAUAUGGUGGUGGUGCACCUUUGUAUAGUUUCUCUUUUAGAGUCAGUCUUUGUCCCUUUGGCUUCUUUUCUUAAGUGGGUUAGAUUAGUAACUAGGUUCCUCUUCUUAUAUCUCUCCCUCCUUGUCCAUACCCCUUUGUCUACUCUCAUGCCUUUGAGUCUUAUCUUUCUUCCUCUCUUUUGCGUUUCUGUCUAGCCUUAAAGAUGUAAACCCUUACUACUUGUGUUUAGUGGUCUUCCUCUUCAGCUCUUUUCCUGAUUUUUUUUGUAAAGGAAGAAGGGAAUAGGAAGUUCUUUCUUGUGACUUGUCUUAGAGUGUCUCUACUGGUAAAGAUUCAAUCCUGAUGUAAGCUGAUACUUCUUCUGAAGAAAAGAUAUUCCUCAGGCUCUUCUUGAUCCCGCCUAAUCUGCUCACCAUGGACCUAUAGAAGCUGCUACUCCGCUCUGCUUUAGAUGCUUCAUCGUAGUUUCUUUGUCUCUCUACUAUCUUUGGUUAUGUUGCUAUGUUACGCAGUGGCAAGUAUUGUCUCUGUGUAUGUAUGUUUCUCGUCGUCUUUGUCUGUAGUUUGUGACAGUGUUGUUCACGUUUUACUAUCUUGUUUUGGGUUUUCAAUGUUGAAGGAGAUGUAUCCCUUGUUCCCUACAAUUAUUAGUAUCAUUCUGUAUGGUUUUGUUUAUCGUU